AUGAAAAUAUUUCAUUUUGACGUUGUAAAUGAAUUUAAAGCAAUUACUUUAAUUAUUUUGAUAAAUAGCAAAAGUGUAUUUUUAAAAGUAUCCGUGAUAACCGCCAUUGACCAGAGAGGAGAUCGCUUGAACUUUAUCGAGCUUGCGGUUUUGUUGAUAAAUGUUAUUUUGAAGAAGCUAGUAAUGAAUGAAUUCUUUGGAUACAACAGUCAGCUAACUGUAAAAUUGAGAAAAUUGUGUACGGACCCCAAAUUGAGCUACGCGGCAUGCGCUUAUGGGUACGCUUUCCCGAUAGCCGGUUACGAUCCUGAUCAGUUAGAACCUCCUUUCUAUCGCAUCACUAACUAUUAUUUUCCGGUUGGGUCAUCGCGAAAGAAUUUGAUACACUAA